AGCAGAGCGGAGUAAAGGUUGCCUCCUAGCCCGGGGCUCUUCUCCGCAGCUCCGCGGCAUCAUGACGGUGGGCGCCCAGCUCCGAAGCAAGGCGGCGAGCAGCUUGGUGGGCCGAGGGCCCUUCGGGAGAUCGCGCCGCGCUGGGGACGAGGAGACAGAUGCCAUCGUCGAGCACCUGGAGGGCGAGGACGAGGACCCGGCGAGCCCGGACUGUGAGCGCGAAGAGGGCGGACGGCGCGCGGGGACCCCGAGCGCACGCAGGGUGCAUCUGGCAGCGCUGCCCGAGCGCUACGACCCCCUGGAAGAGCCCGUGCCAGGCGACAAGCCCAAGAAGAGGUACCGGAGAAAACUGAAGAAGUACGGCAAGAAUUUCGGGAAGGCCAUCAGCAAAGGAUGCCGGUACAUUGUCAUCGGCCUGCAAGGAUUUGCGGCGGCGUACUCUGCCCCAUUUGGAGUGGCCACCAGCGUGGUGUCCUUCGUGCGCUAACCAGAGCUGCAGGGGCAGGUGACACCAGAAUGCUUCUGCCCAGGGGACAGUGUGAAUCCACCAGCACUUCAGACUCAGAUUCAUGGGAACUCAGAAGAGGAAAUUCGUAUUUUCCUGCUUCGUAUGCUAUUGUUGAACUGGUUGACUGUGAGGCAGGAGCCGUCCCCACUCAUCCGCUGAGCCACUCUUGGAUUUGGGUGGACCCAGGAGUCAAUUUAGCAGAGAAUUAGGCCAAGGUCAGGUUGGGGUUAGGGUUAGUUUUCUUCCUGUGCUAGUUAGAGCCUUCUGGGGAUGCAUGCAGGCAGACCCAUGGCAGGUCUGGGAUCUGAGUCAUGAGGGUAGUGGGUGAAUUUGAGGGAGGGGGACACAGACCUCUAAUGUGGUGGUUGAUAGUUUCUGAAAAGGUUAGGGGGCUGACAUCACUAGUCUUGGCCUUCCUUGAUUCUUUCACUGAAGACAGGGAGGGAGUGUUUGUUUCAGAAGUCUAUCUCCCCCAUCUCUUUUCUCCACUCAGACUGUCAUCUGGGAGUUUAAUUGCGGGUUUAGGAAGAAAGAAGGGAGGAAACCAUCUUUAAAGACCACGAUGUUCUGUAACCCGUGUUCACAGCCCUGUGUGGACCAUUGAAAGAAGAUCAAAGUGUAUCAUUUUCACCCAUACACAUACACACGCAUGCAGCUGGCAAGGAGGGGGAGAGGUCAGGGUCAGAAGCAAGCUGGGAGGCAGGCUGCAACAGCUGCUUUCAGAGGUGAAACCUGGGCCAGCGUGGUCUGGGCCAGCUAUGGUGUUCUGAGCUGUCAGGACUCCUGCAGAUGUGGCUGGCCACACCAGUUCACUGCAACAGCUGCCUAAGUCCCACAUUUGAUUGAGGAGAGAGAGAGAGAGAGAGAGAGAGAGAGAGAGAGACAGAGAGACAGAGAGACAGAGAGACAGAGAGACAGAGACAGACAGAGAGACAGAGACAGACAGAGAGACAGAGAAAGAGAGACUCUGAAUGGGAACUGACUUGUAUAUUUAGAGGAGGAACCAGCUAAGAGGCAGGCAUGAAGAAAGGCCAAGAACAACAUUGGAAAAGCAAUGGAAGUUGGGAGCUAGGCAUGUAUGCUUGCGAUGGGGAUUUUCUUGGGAGGGCUGGGCUGGUUGUAUACAGAACCAGAGGAAGCCAGCAGCCCAGAGUCACCAUGGUGGGUGAGUUCAUACCUUAGGCCUGCAUCUCACUUGGACUCAAAGAUUAGUGUAGGCAAGAGUCCCAGGCUUGGCACACACCAAGGAUGGUUCAUGGACUACCAUGGGAUGCUGGGAGAAGUAGAGAAGAAACCCUUCACGUUGUACUGGCAUGUGUCACGACUGUUUUUAAAGUACCUCACAGAGAGGUUCUCGACAUGACUGUUGGCCAACCCCAACAGUAGGCCAGGAUUCCAACUUUGCUUCUAGAAUAUUCAAGAUCCAGAGAAGGAGUUGGGACCACUCUGCAGGAUCUUGUGUCAGCCUGUUGGCCUGAGGCUUCCUGGGGCACACCAAGAAAGCCAUGAUAUUCAUACUUCACCCACUGAGUCCAACCAUUAGGCACUGGUGGGUGGGUAGGGUGGGAAGAUGGACAGAGGGACAGGCGGAGAAGACAGUGGCAGUGGCCCAUUUAGACCCAGCCCUGCUCUGGAGGCUCCUGAAUAUGCCCAGGCUCUAGAACUGGGAAAUAGUCUUGCUUUAGCCUCAGUAACACUAGCUGCUACAAGCGUGGGUUCACAUCUGUGACAGAGCGAUGCUUGCUGGAUAGCCCUAGGAUGGGAAAUGGGAAGGUACACAGGAGAAAGGGUCACAUGCCGUCAGCUGCAAAGAGGCAGAAAUGAGAGGCUCUGAAGGGUGCCUCCUUGCCACCCAUCCCAUGAGCCCCAGGGAGCCCACAGCUGAGCCCCAGGGAGCCAACAACAUUCUGCCAGGUAGGGAGAAGCGUGGCCCAGGCAAGGGAUGUGCAGUCAACCUUGCUUCCCUCCCUGGGGAUCUCUUCAUCCCCACCUCCCAAAUUGUAAAACGCACAAAACAAAGCACACCUGGCCGGGUGUCUCUCAAAGUCUGGCUAAGAAUUAACUCAAAAUGUCCGAAGUCAAAAGCUCUCAGGGGCUAUCCUGGGACUCUGCCACAGGUUUGCUGUGAGGUGGACUUCAGCCCCUGGAGCAUGCUGUGUGGUCACAUCCCCUGUGUGGGACUCUUGGUUCUGUGAGCCUGGUUCUUCCAGCCAGGAACCUUGGUUCCUGCUACAGACUGCUCUUUUUGCUUUUUUUUUUUUUUUUUUUUUUUUUUUUUUGGUUAUAGUGUCCAACAGCAGGACCCACACCCUACUACAACUGAGUGUAAGAGCUGAGCUUUCCCAUUACUGGCUUCCCUGAAACCCUUCCCCUGUAUCCCUCCCUUGCCUUU